AUGGACCAAGCAGCUUCGAUGGCGUCAUGGACUCCAACCACCACAGCGACUUCAACCUCUUUGAAAAGCGUAGCCACCACGGCAGAAUCUGCACUUCGAUCGAGCUUAUCAAGAGCGAUUAGUUCCCUAACGGUACAUGUUUCAACAUUAGGAUGGAAUGAGUAUGGCGACGUAUCUAAAGCACUACGUGGAGCCCAAGCCUCGCUCUCAAUCAUAUCAGCUGAACAAGUGUUGGCGACUGCAACAGCAGAGAGUGUCAAAGCAGAAGCAACAGAGGUGAUUUGGUACCUGACCCAAAACUUGGAUGCAUUAGCGUGGGAUGAGAAUAUGUACCACAUACGUCAUUUGACCCGUGCAGGGAACAUCUUCUUUUUGGUGGCAUUUGCAAUCACCCUUGUAUGGUACUCUGGAAUAUUCAUCAAGUCAAGAUACUGGUGGUUUAACAUUGCAUUCUUUUGUGGGGUGGUACUAGAAUUCUUGGGGUUUCUUGGUAGGGUAUUAUCGUUCAGUGACAUGUCGUCUUUUGUGUACUACGUUAUGCAGAUGGUGACAUUGACAAUUGCACCAGCAUUUAUCAUGGGUGGAAUAUAUUUCUUACUAGGACAGUUGGUUAUUAUUCACGGUCGUCAAUUUUCUGUUUUGAAGCCGUUGUGGUACGCUUACAUCUUUAUCGCGUGCGACAUUGUAUCCCUCUUCAUUCAGGCGGCUGGCGGAGGAGCCGCCAGUGCAGCUACACUGGGUAAAUCGAGUCCAGAAGGAGGUACCAACACCAUGAUUGCUGGUAUCGCAUUCCAGGCAUUUUCAAUGUCGGUUUACGUUUCACUUUGGUUUUAUUUCAUUUGGAAAAUCUAUUUCCCUAAAACUUCUAGGUACGAUUUGUCUGAGAAGGAAAAUUCCCAAAUGUUGAAGCCCGGGUUGAAGAAUUUUUUGAAACUUUUCUUUAAUACAAAAUCAUCCGCUGAGUACAAGGAAACCUUGUUGGAACCAUUUUACAAUCCAAAGUAUAGUGAUAUCAGACAAAGGCCAUUAUACAAUUAUUUCCCAUUAGCUGUAACUUGUGCUAUUAUUGCAAUAUUCAUCCGAUGCAUUUAUAGAGUGGUUGAGUUGGCUCAGGGUUUCCGAGGAUACUUAAUCACACACGAGGUGUAUAUCAUGUGCUUGGAUGCAACCAUGAUGGUUAUUGCAAUUUAUAUAUUCAUCCCUUUCCACCCUUAUAUUGUGUUUGGUUCAAGUAACGUGAUUAGGCUUGCAGAUAUCAAAGCUAAUGCUGUUGAGGAGGUCGAUAAAGAAGAGGAAGUACAUUUGAAAAAUGUUGACAAUAAUACCGUGAAGAGCUGGAGCUGA